AGGGCGAGGCGGAGCGCGGUGCUUUGGCCAUGGCAGCAGCGGCGGAGCCUGUACAGGAGAGCCGGAGCUCAGACACAGAGCGAGGGGCUGCAGAGAGCGGGCAGCGGGCUGGAGGAGGAGGCGGUGUCCGAGCGCUGGUGGACUGGAGGAAACCGUUCAGGACCACCGCGCUGUUCACAGCCACCAACGCCGUGUUCUGGUUUGUGUCCCUGAGCCCCUGUAGAGUGGUUUGUCUUCUCGGCUUGUGUCUGGCUCUCUUGAUGCUGGUACAGCUGCUGAGGGAUGUCGUGCUUCCCAGGUCAAGAGGUGCCAGUUUAUGGCGUAGUAUGACCAGCAGCUGGGAGAUGGUUGACUCAGGCCAGGAGGGCAGGUCUGGAGAAGAAGCUCAGUUCACAGACUCCUGGAUGAGCUUCAAGCUGUUUCUCGCAGAGACCUCGUCUUUCAAACAACAGAAUCCAGGCAAGUUCUGUCUGCUGGUAUGCAGCUUAUGUUCUUUCCUGGCAGUGCUGGGGCGUUACAUUCCAGGAAUUGUUAUUUCAUACAUUAUAGUGCUAGGCAUUUUCCUGUGGCCUCUUGUGUCGUCACAUGAUUUUGGGAUGUGGUUGGAUCCAGUUCUGCAGAAACUGGAUUUUGGAGUGGGAGAAUUCCUUCAGAAGAUCAAGGAGAACCAUGAGAAGAGAUUGCUGAAGGCACAGACUGAGAAAGAGAGCAUUGAAGCUGAUCUUUCCUCACUGUUCCCUAAGUUGGACUCCACAGCAUGUAGGGAGCUGUCUGUAUCAGACACUGAAGUCUCUGAAGUAACGUGGACAGAUAACGGCACCUUUAACUUGUCGGAAGGACACACACCUCAGACAGAGAACUCAGAGGACUUAGACCGACGCAGUGAAGAGGAAGUCUUCUCCGGUGGGCUCCCUGACUUUCCCUCCCUGGAUAACGGUCUGGGGACUAACGGCGAUGAUGAUGAUGACCUGAGCAUAGGUCUGCCCACACGAGGAGAGCGUGUGGAGGGGGAGGCAGCAGCACAGGCUCUGGGACUGAUUCAGAGGAUGGCUGGAGAUGUGAUUACAGCAGCAGUCACCACAGCCAUGCAGGAGCGUCUACAGGCAGUUGGGGCACCAGUACUGGCCCAGGCUUUGGCCGAGGACACAGACAGCGAGGCAGAGGACUUUGAGCUGCUAGACCAGUCUGAGCUGGAGCAGCUGGAAGGGGAGCUGGGCCUGGAGAAGGCCAGUGGUGAGGCCCAGCCCAAAGGCACCAAACAACCAGGCUUUUUCUCCAAACUGCUGGGACACCACUGAUGCGACUCUUCUCGAGGGCACCUGGUCCUCCCUGCAAUUG